AUGAAAGUUUUACAUCUUCUUCCCGCAUUAGUUGGGAUAGCCCAAGCUAUCGUUUCGCUUGACCUCCAUAUUUAUAGAGGAGAGGAGGCGAAAUUGCUUCAAGAACAAGAAGAGUUACCGAAAUACGGGAAAAGAGAUGACACCUUCAGCGUUGGUCUUCAAAAUGCUAAGACAUUCUACAUGACAACGUUAAAAAUAGGCAGUGGAGGUCAAGAGGUUAAGGUGUUGGUAGACACUGGCUCUUCUGACCUCUGGUUUGCAACUUCACCUUGUUCCCAGUCUCAGUUGUUUGGAUACCAGAAAAGGGAAGAGUUGGAGCUCGAGGAGAGGGCAGACCCAACUCCUACUGAUGGCUCUAUCUUUACGGGUCUUUUUGGCGAUGACGUCAAUAGUUUGAUCCCACACUUUUCGUCUCUUUUGGAAUUUGAGUUGGCCAAUAACCCUAUUGUCUCAUUGGGCCAGGCUGCUCCUAACUACGUUUUCGAUACUGCCCAUUGUACCCAAUACGGUUCUUUCGCUACCGAUACCUCCGAUACCCUCAAGGUUAAUCAAACUGAUAAGGCAUUUUAUAUCCGUUAUGGUGAUUUUACGUAUGCCCUUGGCUACUGGGUCACGGACGAUGUUGAUAUUGGUGGUGAUGUCGUGGAAGGACUUUCUUUCGGUAUCGCUCCAUACACGUCACUGACAGUCGGUGUUUUGGGUAUUGGAUAUAUUGGGAAUGAAAAUACCAAUGAACCAUUAAAUGGCAGAGGCUCGUAUGUUUACGAAAACUUACCAUUGCGUCUCAAAAGAUUGGGUAAAAUUAAAAUGAAUGCUUAUUCAGUGUGGUUGGGCAAGAACAAUCCAGCACAAGGAAACUUGCUUUUUGGUGGUUACGAUACAUCUCGGUUCGAUGGCCCGCUCGUCAAAGUGCCAAUAGUAAAUACUUAUUCUCGCUAUAUUGAUCAUCCCAUUACGUUAUCUGUGAACUUAAAGGGAAUCAAUGGAAGCAACCUUCAAGUCUCCAACCCGGUUGCAGCCCUUCUUGAUACGGGAACAACUUUUACAUACUUACCGGCGGAUUAUAACCAGGCAAUUGCAAAAAGGUUUUCAGCCACAAAAUUCAUUGGUAAUUAUCGUGUUAGUUGUGAUAUUCUCAACUCUGAUGAGAUGGUCUCCUUCCAGUUUGAAGGUAUCAACAUCGAUGUACCGAUCAAAAAUUUUGUCGUCAGAAAUAGCAUUAUAGGAUGCCAGUUGGGUUUGCUUGACACUAAUGACCACGUCAUUUUGGGAGACAACUUCCUUAGGAGCGCAUACAUGGUAUUUGAUUUGGAAAAUGACGAGGUCGGUUUAGCUCAAUCUGCUAGCGAGGACAAACAACUAAAGGAAGGUUCAAAUGUCAUUGUCCUUUCUACUGGUAUACCAGACCAAGCUUCACCCUCUGAGAUGAGCUCCUCCUCUUCUCUCAGCUCUUCGUCGGUGACUCCAAGCUCAGAGUCCGCUUCAAGUGUUAUUUCCAGCUCCUCAGAAAGCUCUUCUGCUUUGGAAAGUCCUUCUGCCUUGGAAAGUCUUUCUGCCUUGGAAAGUCCUUCUGCCUUGGAAAGUCCUUCUGCUUUGGAAAGUCCUUCUGCUUUGGAAAGUCCUUCUGCUUCUUCUGUCUCGAAAAACUCAGAUUUGGGAAGCUCUUCAAGCUUGGUCUCUAUUUCACUCAGCUCGGAGUCUUCCAACUUGGUGUCUUCCAGCUUAGAUACUUCAAGCUCAGAAUCCUUAUACCAGGUAUCACCUAGCUCAGGGCUCGCUUCUAGUUCCCAAAUCGUUCUCGCAUCCGACUCUUUGAGCCCACUGUCUUCACUUUCGGAGUCUACAAGUUCAGAUCCCUCAAACUCAGAAAGCUCGUCAUUUUCCAUUUCUGAAAGCGAAAGUUCUAGAUUUUUGCUGAGCUCAGAAUCGGUGAACGAGUCAUCCCAUAAAGCCUCAGCCAGUGCCAGACCAAGCCCAUCCAUUCCCUCACCUUCAUCAUUCGUCGAAUCUUUAAGUUCCGCAAGCGAUGGUCACAGCGCUUUGGCUGGAAUUCCUCAUCCUAAUAGUGCUUCCAGUGUCACUUUCGAUUCCACUAUAUCUGGCGGUCAUGAUGUUUCACUGGGCUCACUGGUCUUGGGUAUUAGCUCUGUCCAUGGUGCCGACUCCAGAUCUUCAGUAACCUUAUCCAGUUCGAUACUUUCUCAUUCUGGAAAAGGCUUUCCUUCAAUUCUUGGCCUUUCUGAUUCUCCAUCAAGUGAUGAGCACAAGCAUUCAUCAAUUUCGGGUUCUCGAAUUGGACAGAUUUCCGAACUGGCUCAUUCCGUCUACAAGAAUUCUUCUCUGUUCUUGAAACCUUUCCUGGACCCAAGACAUAAGGCUGACCCUCUAGGUGAUGCUGCUAAUCAAGGCAAUGGCGCUCAGGUACUUGGUAACGACCCCAACACAAAGGUAAAUGCACCUUCAACUAUUUUAGUUGCUGACGAGGGCACUGUUUAUUCAACAAUAGACUGUACGCGUUGUGAACAAGGACAAGAAGACACCUCUGGAACGGCAACUAAGGUGUUUGGUGCAAUGGAGGGCGCAGACAAGAUCCAUAAUAGUAUCCUGGACAUGAUAAACGGCGUUUCUGCCCUCUCUCAUGCCAGCUCCAAGGUUGGUCCCGAAUUACAGAAGCCACACUCCCAGACAGCACUGCAAAAGGCAGGCUCUAACGAAGGAACACCAGGAAGGUGGCUUCUAUCGGCCUUCUAUCUUUCUGCGGUAUGGGCAUUGACCAUCACAGAAAAUACCGUGAAUGUCUCUCCUAUCAGUUUGGACAUUGGAAGCCUCACCAUCUAUCCCGAUGUGUAUUACUCUAUCGUGAAUAAUGCUGCCACUGUUCUUGCUGGAAGUUUGAACAAUCAAGGUGGCUUCUAUGUGACCUCAGCCAAUGGCUUAGCUGCUUCUGUUUCCAUUGUGUCUGGCUCUAUUAGAAACACUGGUGACCUUGCGUUUAAUUCCUUGAGAGCUAGUGUUGUGAGUAAUUAUAACUUAAAUUCCGUGGGGAGUUUUGUCAAUAGCGGAAGUAUGUGGCUUGGUAUAAGCUCUUACUCGUUGGUUCCCCCAAUCAUCCUUGGCUCGGCCACCAACUGGGACAACACGGGUAGAAUUUACCUUAGUCAAACUAGCGGUAGCGCCUCGACAGUGACCAUUUCCCAGGUACUCGGCUCCAUCACAAAUGACGGUUCUAUCUGUCUUGAGCGUUUGAGUUGGUUGCAAACCACCACCAUUAGAGGUUCUGGUUGUAUCAACAUUAUGGAUGAUGGUCACCUUCAGCUUCAGGUGAGUCCAUGGAACGUUGCCGACUCACAAACCAUUUUCCUUUCCACUGCCUCGUCUAUGUUGUCGGUGCUUGGCUUGUCCCAGAGUAUCACAGGUGUCAAGGCGUACAACAUUGUGGGUUUUGGUAACGGUAACCAGAUUCGCGUGAACCUUGGUUUCACCAGUUACAGUUACAACGCCAACACCGGUAACUUGACCCUUUCGUUCUUGCUUGGUAUUUUCAGACUUAACUUCCACAUUGGUACAGGCUAUACCAGCUCUGGUUUCUCCACCAACGGUGUCUUUGGCGCCGGUACCAGAAUCUCCUAUAACAACGCUUACCCUGGAACAGUCCCCAGACAAUGUUACUGUUCUGAUUUCCCUGAGCCCACCACCACGCCUACGGUUUCCAGCUCCUCCAGUUCCUCCAGCAUCAUAACCCUGUCCUCAUCUGCCAGCGCUUCCUCUAGUUCUGCCGCAUCUAGCUCCAGCCCUGCCUUGUCGACCUCCACCGUCUCCAGCACAGUCACCUCCAGCACUACAGUCAGCAGCUCUAUCGAAGAAUCUUCUGAGUCUUCUGACGCCCCAAUUUCCUCUGAGCCUGAGUCGUCUGAGUCGUCUGAGUCAUCUGAGUCGUCUGCUCAGUCAGGCACUGAUUCAGGUUCCGCGCCACCAGUGAGUUCUGAACCAGAACCAACCAGUUCUUCUCCUCCAGAGUUAACAGAAUACACUACAACCUGGACUACUACCGAUGACGAGGGCAAUACUGUGACUGACUCGGGUGUGGUUUUGAUCACCACCGACUCUGAGGGUCAAUUGACAACCACCACGUCGGUGAUCCCUCCUCCUUUCACGUCAUACACGUCUACGUGGACUUCUACCGAUGGCGAAGGGAACAGUGUUACUGAGUCUGGCGUUAUUGUUGUGACUACUGAUGCUGAUGGUGCUUUAACUACUUCUACUUCGGAAUUUCCUUAUGAAGGUCCAACUGAGUACACCACUACGUGGACUUCUACCGAUUCCAAUGGCGAUGAAGUAACCGAGUCCGGGGUGGUGAUUGUUACUACUGAUUCUGAUGGCUCGUUGACAACUUCUACUUCUGAGUUCUCUUAUGAUGGACCUACUGAAUAUACCACUACGUGGACUUCUACUGAUGAUAACGGUAAUCCAAUUACUGAAUCUGGUGUUGUCAUCGUGACCACUGACUCGGAUGGUUCGUUGACUACCACCACUUCGGAAUUCCCUUACGAUGGACCAACAGAAUACACUACUACUUGGACUUCUACUGAUGGUAAUGGUAACCCUAUCACAGAAUCUGGCGUCGUGAUUGUUACUACAGACUCAGACGGAUCUUUGACUACAACUACUUCUGAGUUUCCUUACGAUGGACCAACGGAAUACACUACAACCUGGACCAGUACCGAUUCAGACGGUAACCCAAUCACAGAAUCCGGUGUCGUAAUUGUUACAACUGACUCUGAUGGUUCUUUGACUACUACUACUUCUCAGUUCCCUGGUCCAACUGAGUAUACUACAACCUGGACCACCACCGAUAGCGAAGGCAACAGUGUUACUGAGUCUGGCGUUAUUGUUGUGACUACUGACUCGGAUGGUUCGUUGAGUACCACGACUUCUGAGUUCCCUUACGAUGGGCCAACUGAGUAUACUACGACUUGGACAAGCACUGAUUCAGAUGGUAAUCCAGUUACUGAGUCUGGAGUCGUUAUUGUUACUACUGAUUCUGACGGCUCGUUGACUACCACUACCUCAGAGUUCCCAUACGAUGGUCCAACGGAAUAUACCACUACGUGGACUUCCAGUGAUUCUGACGGCAAUCCAGUUACUGAGUCUGGAGUCGUGAUUGUUACUACCGAUUCUGAUGGUUCUUUGACUACCACUACUUCUGAAUUUCCUUACGAUGGUCCAACGGAAUUCACCACUACGUGGACGUCAACCGACGGUAAUGGUAAUGAAGUAACUGAAUCUGGAAUUGUCAUUGUCACUACUGACUCAGAAGGCUCGUUGACGACUUCUACUUCGGAAUUCCCUUACGAUGGUCCAACUGAAUACACCACCACGUGGACUUCAACAGAUUCCGAUGGGAACCCAAUUACAGAAUCUGGUGUCGUGAUUGUUACAACUGAUGCUGACGGAUCUUUGACUACUACUACCUCAGAAUUCCCCUAUGACGGUCCUACUGAAUAUACUACUACUUGGACCAGCACUGAUUCGGAUGGUAACCCAAUCACUGAAUCUGGCGUCGUGAUUGUCACUACUGACUCAGAAGGCUCUUUGACUACCACUACUUCUGAGUUCCCAUACGAUGGGCCAACCGAGUACACGACUACGUGGACAAGUACUGAUUCAGAUGGAAACCCAAUUACAGAAUCUGGCGUUGUUAUCGUGACCACUGAUGCUGACGGAUCUUUGACUACCACUACUUCUGAGUUCCCUUAUGAAGGUCCAACUGAGUAUACUACUACGUGGACAAGUACUGAUUCAGACGGCAAUCCAAUCACUGAAUCCGGUGUUGUUAUCGUGACUACUGAUGCUGAUGGUUCUUUGACGACGACAACUUCCCAGUUCCCUGGCCCAACUGAGUUUACGACUACUUGGACUUCUACCGAUUCCGAUGGCAAUCCAAUUACAGAAUCUGGUGUCGUGAUCGUUACCACAGACUCAGACGGAUCUUUGAGUACCACUACUUCUGAGUUUCCUUAUGAUGGUCCAACCGAGUACACUACAACCUGGACUUCUACCGAUGGUGAUGGUAACCCAAUUACCGAAUCCGGUGUUGUUAUUGUUACUACUGAUUCUGACGGCUCGUUGACGACCAGUACCUCAGAAUUCCCUUACGAUGGGCCAACGGAUUAUACCACUACGUGGACUUCAACAGAUUCGGAUGGUAACCCAAUUACUGAAUCCGGUGUCGUGAUUGUCACUACUGAUGCUGACGGAUCUUUGACUACCACUACUUCUGAGUUCCCUUAUGAAGGUCCAACUGAGUAUACUACUACCUGGACAAGUACUGAUUCAGAUGGCAAUCCAAUCACUGAAUCGGGUGUCGUUAUCGUGACUACUGAUUCUGACGGCUCGUUGACGACUUCUACUUCGGAAUUCCCUUACGAUGGGCCAACGGAAUAUACCACUACGUGGACGUCAACCGACGGUAAUGGUAACCCAAUUACCGAGUCUGGCGUCGUUAUUGUUACUACCGACUCGGAUGGUUCUUUGACUACUACUACCUCUGAGUUUCCUUAUGAUGGGCCAACCGAGUAUACUACUACGUGGACAUCUACUGACGGUAAUGGUAACCCAAUUACUGAGUCUGGAAUCGUUAUUGUUACCACCGAUUCUGAUGGCUCUUUGACUACCACAACUUCAGAAUUCCCUUACGAUGGUCCAACGGAAUACACCACUACGUGGACGUCUACUGAUUCGGAUGGUAACCCAAUCACAGAAUCAGGAGUAGUCAUCGUUACCACUGACUCAGAAGGCUCUUUGACUACUUCUACUUCUGAGUUCCCUUAUGAAGGUCCAACGGAAUACACUACUACGUGGACUUCAACAAAUUCGGAUGGAAACCCGAUUACUGAGUCUGGAGUAGUCAUCGUUACCACUGACUCUGAUGGUUCUUUGACUACUACUACUUCAGAAUUCCCUGGUCCUACCGAGUACACUACGACUUGGACUUCUACUGAUUCCAAUGGCGAUGAAGUAACCGAGUCCGGGGUGGUGAUUGUUACUACUGAUUCUGAUGGCUCGUUGACUACUUCUACUUCUGAAUUUCCUUAUGAUGGACCAACGGAAUAUACCACUACGUGGACAUCUACUGAUUCGGAUGGCAAUCCAAUUACUGAAUCUGGAGUCGUUAUUGUUACUACUGACACUGAUGGUUCUUUGACUACUACCACUUCUGAAUUUCCUUAUGACGGUCCAACUGAGUAUACUACGACUUGGACAAGUACUGAUUCAGACGGCAAUCCAAUCACAGAAUCUGGUGUUGUUAUUGUGAUCACUGAUGCUGAUGGAUCCUUGAGUACUACUACUUCAGAAUUCCCUGGACCUACUGAGUACACAACCACUUGGACUUCUACAGAUGGUAAUGGUAAUCCAAUCACUGAGUCUGGAGUUGUGAUUGUUACCACUGAUUCGGACGGUUCUUUGACUACGACUACUUCCGAGUUUCCUUAUGAUGGACCAACUGAGUACACCACUACGUGGACCAGUACCGAUUCGGAUGGAAACCCGAUUACUGAGUCUGGAGUAGUCAUCGUUACCACUGACUCUGAUGGUUCUUUGACUACCACUACCUCAGAGUUUCCUUACGAUGGGCCAACCGAGUACACCACUACGUGGACUUCUACCGAUUCCAAUGGCGAUGAAGUAACAGAGUCCGGGGUGGUCAUUGUUACUACUGAUUCUGAUGGCUCGUUGACAACUUCUACUUCUGAGUUCCCUUAUGAUGGACCUACUGAAUAUACCACUACGUGGACUUCUACUGAUGAUAACGGUAAUCCAAUUACUGAAUCUGGUGUUGUCAUCGUGACCACUGACUCGGAUGGUUCGUUGACUACCACCACUUCGGAAUUCCCUUACGAUGGACCAACAGAAUACACUACUACUUGGACUUCUACUGAUGGUAAUGGUAACCCUAUCACAGAAUCUGGCGUCGUGAUUGUUACUACAGACUCAGACGGAUCUUUGACUACUACUACUUCUGAGUUUCCUUACGAUGGACCAACGGAAUACACUACAACCUGGACCAGUACCGAUUCAGACGGUAACCCAAUCACAGAAUCCGGUGUCGUAAUUGUUACAACUGACUCUGAUGGUUCUUUGACUACUACUACUUCUCAGUUCCCUGGUCCAACUGAGUAUACUACAACCUGGACCACCACCGAUAGCGAAGGCAACAGUGUUACUGAGUCUGGCGUUAUUGUUGUGACUACUGACUCGGAUGGUUCGUUGAGUACCACGACUUCUGAGUUCCCUUACGAUGGGCCAACUGAGUAUACUACGACUUGGACAAGCACUGAUUCAGAUGGUAAUCCAGUUACUGAGUCUGGAGUCGUUAUUGUUACUACUGAUUCUGACGGCUCGUUGACUACCACUACCUCAGAGUUCCCAUACGAUGGUCCAACGGAAUAUACCACUACGUGGACUUCCAGUGAUUCUGACGGCAAUCCAGUUACUGAGUCUGGAGUCGUGAUCGUUACUACCGACUCGGAUGGUUCUUUGACUACUUCUACUUCUGAAUUUGCUUAUGAUGGACCAACGGAAUACACCACUACGUGGACGUCAACCGACGGUAAUGGUAAUGAAGUAACUGAAUCUGGCGUCGUUAUUGUUACCACCGAUUCUGAUGGUUCUUUGACUACUUCUACUUCGGAAUUCCCAUACGAUGGUCCAACCGAAUUUACUACUACGUGGACUUCUACCGAUUCCAAUGGCAAUCCAAAUACUGAAUCAGGAGUUGUCAUUGUGACUACCGAUUCAGACGGCUCGUUGACUACUUCUACUUCCGAGUUUCCUUACGAUGGUCCAACGGAAUACACUACGACUUGGACUUCAACAGAUUCAGAUGGAAACCCAAUUACUGAAUCGGGUGUCGUGAUCGUUACCACUGAUUCUGACGGCUCUUUGACUACCACUACCUCAGAGUUCCCAUACGACGGUCCAACUGAGUACACGACCACUUGGACUUCUACUGACAGUAAUGGGAACCCAAUUACAGAAUCUGGCGUCGUGAUUGUCACUACUGACUCAGAAGGCUCUUUGACUACUUCUACUUCUGAGUUCCCUUAUGAAGGUCCUACCGAGUACACUACUACUUGGACUUCUACAGAUGGUAACGGUAAUCCAAUUACAGAAUCUGGUGUUGUUAUCGUGACCACUGAUUCUGACGGCUCUUUGACAACGACAACUUCCCAGUUCCCUGGUCCAACCGAAUACACCACUACGUGGACUUCCACCGAUUCAGACGGAAAUCCAGUCACUGAAUCUGGCGUCGUGAUUGUUACUACCGACUCGGAUGGUUCUUUGACUACUACUACUUCUGAGUUUCCUUAUAACGGUCCAACUGAGUACACCUCUACGUGGACGUCAACCGACGGUAAUGGUAAUGAAGUAACUGAAUCUGGCGUCAUUAUUGUUACCACCGAUUCUGAUGGUUCUUUGACUACUACCACUUCUGAAAUUCCUUAUGACGGUCCAACGGAAUACACUACAACCUGGACCAGCACUGAUUCGGAUGGUAAUGAAGUAACUGAUUCAGGAGUCGUGAUUGUUACUACUGAUUCUGACGGCUCGUUGACAACCACAACUUCUCAGUUCCCUGGUCCUACUGAGUACACGACCACUUGGACUUCCACUGACAGUAAUGGGAACCCAAUCACAGAAUCUGGUGUCGUGAUUGUGACAACUGAUUCGGAUGGUGCUUUGACUACUACCACUUCUGAGUUUCCAUAUGAUGGACCAACCGAGUACACUACAACCUGGACUUCUACCGAUGGUGAUGGUAACCCAAUUACCGAAUCCGGUGUUGUUAUUGUUACUACUGACUCUGACGGUUCCUUAACCACUACUACUUCUGAGUUCCCUUACGAUGGGCCAACGGAUUAUACCACUACGUGGACUUCAACAGAUUCGGAUGGUAACCCAAUUACUGAAUCCGGUGUCGUGAUUGUUACAACUGAUUCUGAUGGAUCUUUGACUACUACCACGUCUGAAUUUCCUUAUGACGGUCCAACGGAAUACACUACAACCUGGACUACUACCGAUUCCGAUGGCAAUCCAAUUACCGAGUCUGGAGUGGUGAUUGUUACCACUGAUUCCGAUGGAUCUUUGACGACGACUACUUCUGAGUUUCCUUAUGAUGGACCAACCGAGUAUACUACGACGUGGACUUCCACUGAUUCAGACGGCAAUCCGAUUACCGAGUCUGGAGUGGUGAUUGUUACUACUGAUUCGGACGGUUCUUUGACUACUACUACUUCUGAAUUCCCUGGUCCUACUGAGUAUACUACGACGUGGACUUCCACUGAUUCAGAAGGAAAUCCAAUCACUGAAUCCGGUGUUGUUAUCGUGACUACUGAUGCUGAUGGUUCUUUGACGACGACUACUUCCCAGUUCCCUGGUCCAACGGAAUACACCACUACGUGGACUUCUACCGAUGGUAAUGGUAACCCAAUCACCGAGUCUGGAGUUGUUAUCGUUACUACGGAUUCUGACGGCUCUUUGACUACCACUACCUCGCAAUUCCCUGGUCCAACGGAAUACACCUCUACGUGGAUUUCCACUGAUUCGGAUGGUAAUGAAGUAACUGAAUCUGGAGUCGUGAUUGUUACUACAGACUCAGACGGUUCAUUGACUACUUCUACUUCUGAGUUCCCUUAUGACGGUCCAACUGAAUAUACUACGACUUGGACUUCAACAGAUUCAGACGGCAAUCCAAUUACUGAAUCAGGAGUUGUCAUUGUGACUACCGAUUCAGACGGCUCGUUGACUACUACUACCUCAGAAUUCCCUUAUGAAGGCCCUACUGAAUACACCACUACGUGGACCAGUACCGAUUCCGACGGAAACCCCAUUACUGAAUCUGGAGUUGUUAUCGUGACCACUGAUGCUGACGGAUCUUUGACUACCACAACUUCAGAAUUCCCUUACGAUGGACCAACGGAAUAUACUACUACGUGGACAUCUACUGACGGUAACGAUAACCCAAUCACAGAAUCCGGCGUUGUUAUCGUGACUACCGAUUCUGAUGGAUCCUUGACUACUACUACUUCCCAGUUUGAGGAUGUCCCAACCGACGAUGGCCUUACUGAGUUUACUUCCACUUGGACUACUACCGAUUCUGACGGUAACCCAACCACUGAAUCCGGUGUUGUCAUUGUCACUACUGACUCGGACGGUUCUUUGACUACUACUACUUCCCAAUUCGAAGACGCUGCUCCAACCGAUGGUGUCACCGAGUUCACUACUACCUGGACUACGACUGACUCUGAUGGUAACCCAACUACUGAGUCUGGUGUCGUUAUUGUUACUACUGAUUCUGAUGGGUCGUUGACGACUUCUACUUCGGAAUUUCCUUAUGAUGGACCAACGGAAUACACUACAAUCUGGACUACUACCGAUUCCGAUGGCAAUCCAAUUACCGAGUCUGGAGUGGUGAUUGUUACCACUGAUUCCGAUGGAUCUUUGACGACGACUACUUCUGAGUUUCCUUAUGAUGGACCAACCGAGUAUACUACGACUUGGACUUCAACAGAUUCCGAUGGUAACCCAAUUACAGAAUCUGGUGUCGUGAUUGUGACUACCGAUUCCGAUGGAUCUUUGACUACUUCUACUUCUGAAUUUCCUUAUGAAGGUCCAACUGAGUAUACUACCACUUGGACUUCUACUGAUUCUAAUGGAAACCAGGUUACUGAGUCUGGUGUGGUGAUUGUUACCACUGAUUCUGACGGUUCGUUGACGACCAGUACCUCAGAAUUCCCUUACGAUGGACCAACUGAGUAUACCACCACGUGGACUUCCACGGAUUCUGACGGCAAUCCAGUUACUGAGUCUGGAGUCGUGAUUGUUACCACCGAUUCUGAUGGUUCUUUGACUACUACUACAUCGCAAAUCCCUGGACCUACUGAGUACACAACUACUUGGACUUCUACUGACGGUAAUGGAAAUCUAGUUACUGAGUCUGGUGUCGUUAUUGUUACUACUGAUUCUGACGGUUCGAUAACUACGGUUAUAUCAGAGUUCCCUCAUACUAUUGCUGCUACACCUUCCACCAUAUCGUGGACUAGUACUGACGGUAACGGUAACCCAGUAACCGACUCUGGAGUGGUUAUUGUGACUACAGACUCUGAUGGAUCGUUGACCACUAUUACUUCGCAGUUCGACAACGAGACUCCUGGUGCUACAAGCUUCCCAACCACUUGGACUACUACUGACGGUAACGGCAAUCCAGUUACCGAGUCUGGUAUCGCGAUCGUUACAACUGAUUCUGAUGGAUCGUUGACCACUACUACUUCGCAGUUCGACAACGAGACUCCUGGUGCUACAAGCUUCCCAACCACUUGGACUACUACUGACGGUAACGGCAAUCCAGUUACCGAGUCUGGUAUCGCGAUCGUUACAACUGAUUCUGAUGGAUCGUUGACCACUACUACUUCGCAGUUCGACAACGAGACUCCUGGUGCUACAAGCUUCCCAACCACUUGGACUACUACUGACGGUAACGGUAACCCAGUUACCGAGUCUGGUAUCGCGAUCGUUACAACUGAUUCUGACGGGUCGUUGACUACGACUACUUCUGCGUUUGGUGCGGAUGAGGCUUCAAGAGUCGAACAGACCACCGAAAUCGUUACUACAGACAACAAUGGAGAUAUCUUCACGAAGACUGUUUUUGUUUGCGAGACUACUGCUUCAGACGGUGAGGUUGAAACUGUCAGCUCCGUUGCCCCUCGCACUACAACACUAGUCAGUUCAGACGAACAAGGUGCUCCAACAACAGCUACUGCCGCCAUAUUUGAAAGUACUGUCGAUGGUACCGUGACCUAUUACACGUCUAUAUGUGAGGAUUCUUCGGCAAGUACUACAGUUGAUACGAAGAGUGACGUCGUUUCCAAGUCACCUAAAUCCACCAAUGGAGAAGUUGAAAGAACGCCAAAUGGGGUCGUUCCAACAGGCCUGCAGACCCUUGCUCAUAGUGAAACAGAAGCGUCCAAGACCACUGAGACAACCAAUGGCACGGGAGCCACAAUCGAGAGUACCGACGACAUUACCUCGAUUUACCUGGCACCAUCUGGAAGCCAGACUACCUUUGAAUCAAUCUACCGUUCUACAGACGCUAGUGAACCUGCCAGCGUUUCAUCAUAUGCUGGAUCAGGCUCCCUUCCAAGCUUCAACCUUAAAUGGUUGCUCCCAUUUGCAUUUUUCGCUGCUAUUUAG